AUGCUCUCGUCAGCUCGUCAAGCAUGUACGAGGCGACUCGUUUCAUCCUUGCCUCCAGGUCUCCCUGCUGAAUCGUCCAAACAAGCUCUCCUACGCGCCACUGCUUCUUCUGCUAGUGCUAGUGCUAGUGCUACUUCAUCCCGCUCAGUGAGAUGCGUUCAAUCGGAUUCAAGGAGGAACAUCAGGGACGGUAAUCAUAAUGCACACACCAGUAAGAAAUCAAGAGGCAUCUCAUCAGGCGCCACCUCAUCAGCUGCUCUAGCACUGAAAUCUCAAGAUAAUAAUCACCAUCGAAAUGAUAAUCUGUCUUCAAGAUAUAGUAAUGAUAAUGAUGAGUACGAUCGGCUUCAUAUCAGAGAUCAAGAUCAAGAUCAAGAUCAAGAUCCAAAUUCUGAUCAAGAUGAUUAUGGUGUAUGGAAUGGAAAAGAGAAUUCAACGUAUUCCGAAUCAGACGAAUACACAUCACAACCACGUUCGAAUAGAGAUAGUAUCAACGACAAACCCUCACCUGAGUGGCUAGAUUCAUGGUUGUUACACACGUAUGAUUUAUCAAGCUUACCUCCAUCACCUUUACCACCGCUAGAAACUUUCCGUGGAUUGAUACCUUCGCAACCUCUAUUAGCAUUAUUGACGUUAACAAGAUUAUCACCGUCCGAUUAUCAAUAUAUCAAGCAUGCCGAAUUGAAAGGAUUAAUGCACGGUUGUAUCAAAGUAUUGAGAUCAAGACCUUUUAUCAUCAAUCGAUGGAAUUCAGAUGAUAUGACAAAAUCAUUGAGAAUAUUAAGAGCUAUUCUAUACGCUUUACCAAGUGCCAAAGCAUCAAAAGACCCUUAUAAAGGAAAUUAUCUAAGAGGUAAAAUACUGUCUACUUUCUUUGAAUUAUGUUUAAGAUUAAAUCAAAAUCGUCUAUUCAAAUCAAUCUACCAAGAAAGGCUAAGACAUCAGUUAUCAUCAUCAUCAUCGGCAUCAUCAUCAUCACCAUCAUCCAUUCAACAUUUGCGAGAUGGACAUGUAAUCAAUUUUGAUGUAUUAGCAUUAAAUUUAGCGAGGACGUUUCAAUGGAAAUUAUUGAUAGAACUAUUCGAUCCUGAACAUUUCCCAGAUCAACUGUUUACUUCUGAAAUAAUAGCGUUCUAUAUGCAAGCUCAUUUUGGUAUACAUCAAGGAUCAAAAAUACCACGUAUAUUCGAAUUAUAUAAUAAAUUGAAAUUGAAUCCCACCCCAGAAUCAUUUAAUCAUCUCAUACAAUCUUUUCUUGAAACAGGUAAUCUACCUACCGCAAGAGAUAUAGUUAAGAAAGCCAAUAUAUCUGGUAUAUCAGAUUACUCAACUCAACAAUUAUCAAUAUUGAGAGGUUAUCGCGCGUUAGGGUUUGAUCUAGAUUUGGAAAAAAGAGUUUUGAACGAUAUUGAGACAUUGGGUUUACCGUUACAAGGUAGAUUGUUAAAUGCUUUGAUUAGAUUAAGGAUGGAAAGUGAAGAUUAUAAAGGUGCUCAAGGAUUAUUGAAAAAGUUUAAUCUAGAAGAUUGGUCUACAUCUAAAUCUACCUCGGAAGCAGAACAAGAAGUAAAUGCAACAAAGGGCGUAAAACCAACAUCAGCAACUGCGAAAUUAGUUUUUCAAUUAUCAAGUAAAACAGGUGAUAUCAACACAAUGAAACAAGUUUGGACGGGAAUGAAAAUAACGAAUAGAGUAGAUGAUGACGUUAUCAAAAUACUUUUAAGAUCGCUGGAGUCUCUUGGUCUUCAUGAAGAAACUUAUUCAAUCUUGAAGAAAACAACUACUUCAGACGAGACAGACUCGGAAUGGUCACUACCUGAAAAUGUCAAACCUGGAAUUCAGUCGUUAAACUUCUUACUCGGUUCUUUGGCACGCCAAAAUGGUUUAGAAGGAUUAGAAGCUGGGUUGCAACUCUUCCAUGAAAGAGAUGUCAAACCCGAUGAUCUAACACUGAAAAUCGUCGUUGACUAUAUCAAGAGUUCGACUCAACAUCAACCUAAAGAACUCGCUCUUUUGGUUAAUACGAUUAUGAGAUCCUCGGAUGUCAGACCUACCCAAUCAUUACUGGAUACGAUCGUGGCAGAUGCUAUAGAUGCCAUUAGUCGGUCGAAUACUAUGUUUAGGGAACUAGAACCGCCCAUUUCAGGAAAUACAUUUUCAUCUACAGCUGGAUUGAUACCUUCAUCCAAAUUCCAGAAAUUGUUAGAAGAUAUAUUGAAAUACCUAGAAUCAAUUGAUUCUCGUUCGUCUUCUAGAUCGUUAAUCAAUCGACUUCGAUUCGACGCCAUGACAUCGGUUAAGAUCUCGAAUAUACCCUCAGCCAGAAUCGUAUGGAACUCAUUGAUUCAAAGAGGAUUCAAACCUGAUCAUCGUCAUAUCGUUGCUCUCAUAAGAGGUUACUCAGACGCUGGAUUGAUGUAUCAAGCUCAAGAUUUAUUGUUACUCGCUAGACAAGUUGGGAUACCAAUCAACAAAUCAAUGUUGUUCACUCUAUUGGUUGGCUGGGGUAAAUUACAGAGAUCUAGAGAAGCCAAAAUCGUAUAUGACCAAAUCAAAUUAUUAGAUAUGGAUUUAGACUCGGAAUCAGAAUCAUAUCCAGCAUUUGGUAGCUCGAUUCACAAUGAUUAUACCGUUGGUAAUCCGUAUUCCUGUGGUAACGGUGACGACAAGAGAAGGAAAUUGGAGAUCAUAACGGCGAUGAUCCAAGUAUACAACAAAUGUGGUAAAUAUUCAGAAUCAGUAUUACUUUGUUAUACGGAUUUGAAAGAGUUAGAUAUCAAGUUAGACCGAAAAGCUAUCGUUGUAGUCUCACAAGCAUUGAGGGGAUUUGGUGAUUUCAAGUCAUGUCUCGAUUUGUUGAAACAACAUGGUCCUUCGUUAGAUCCCAUAACCAGAAGGAUCGUUAAAGGUAUUAGAAAUUAUCAACGGAAAGUUCUAGGUCUGAACUUGUCAUCUUCUCCUUCUCCUUCUUCUUCCUCUGCCUCAUUGAUAUUGGAAGGAACACUCUCAACGACGAAACCUCAGGAUCAAUCAGCUCUGUAUACAUUGAUCCAACAAGAUGACAGACCUAAAACCAUCAAAGAAAUUGAAAAAUUCAAAUCUGAUCAAGAAAUCUUGAGUUUAGCCGAAAAGCUGCUCGAGGAUGACGACCAAUCAAGACCUAUAGAAUUCAGAAGGUGGAUAAGAUUGAACAAGAUGUUGAGAAAGCGAAUCAAAGGUGCAUUAUUAGGGAAACGUGCGAGACAUAAAAACGGGGAUGAAGUUGGCGAUGGUGUUGAAGGGAUUAUUCACGAGGAAGGAGGAAAUCAGCGUGUCAGAAGUAGGGAACGAAGGAGGAUUAUCAGAUCCAUUAAAAGGAACAAUGGUAUCAAGAAAUCGUUGAUUGGUAAUGUUGGAAAACAGGCUUUGAUUUUUAGGAAAGAGCGGAGGAGAUGGAAUCGAGUCACGAAGUCAUCCACAUCCAAUACAUCAUCAUAG